CGGUCCCAGGAGAAGGAGCAGAUGAUGGUGACAGCGGGAACGAGAGCAGGAGCGGAAGCGAAGAAACGAACGUUUGUGAGAAAUGCUGUGCCGAGUUCUUCAAGUGGACGGACUUCCUAGAGCACAAGAAGAGCUGCACUAAAAACCCCCUGGUGCUGAUCGUGAAUGAAGAUGAAGCAGCUCCAGCCCCUGCUGAGGAGUUCCCCGAUCCCUCGCCCGCCAGCUCUCCGAGUGACCAGGCAGAGAGUGAAGCUGCUGAAGAAGGCGUCCAGGCAGAAAACAACGAUAGCUCUGAGAUAAAAACCACGGAAAAGGAAGACGAGCCAAUGGAGGUAGAAACUUCUGCAGAGAAGAGUUUCCAGAAUCAGGGCACCUCAAACACAGCUACUCCUCUACCUCAGAUCCCUGAACCACCUUCCAUGACAAGCUAUAACAUGCCAAACACCAACGUCACGCUAGAGACUCUGCUGAGCACUAAAGUGGCGGUCGCACAGUUCUCGCAAAGCGCGCGGACCACCGCUUCCGCCAGCAUCAGCAGCGGGGUGACGGCCGUGGCCAUCCCCAUGAUCCUGGAGCAACUCAUGGCCCUGCAGCAGCAGCAAAUCCACCAGCUCCAGCUAAUCGAGCAGAUCCGCAGCCAAGUGGCCAUGAUGAACCGCCAGCCACUACGGCCAUCUCUCAACCCCAUCGUGGCCGCCCAGGGUGGUCCUGGGCAGGCGUCCAACCAGCUGCAGGGGUUUGCCGCCAGCGCUGCCGUCCAGCUCACUGCAGUCAUUCCUCCUGCCAUUGUGGGGCAGGUGGCCAGUGGUCAGCCCACUGCCUUCGACAGUUCUCAGCACAUCUCAAGACCUACAUCUGGAGCAAGUACACCCAGUAUAUCCGGCGGUGGCUCUUCUGCCCCACCGGAAUCAAGCGUACCUUCCUCCUCGAAUGCAAUCACGUCCAUAACUCCCGUUUCCAUGUCAAACGCUCCUCACAGUGCUUCACAGCCCCAGAACACUUCGACUCCGCCUUCAGUAGGACAUGGAAGCCUCACCUCGGUGUCCAGCCUGCCAAACCCACUUCUACCUCAGACUUCAUCAAAUAGCGUGAUCUUCCCCAAUCCGCUAGUUAGCAUCGCCGCAACAGCUAACGCACUAGAUCCUCUCUCUGCCCUUAUGAAGCAUCGCAAAGGAAAGCCACCAAAUGUGUCAGUGUUUGAACCCAAGUCGAGUUCUGAGGAUCCCUUUUUUAAACAUAAAUGCCGAUUUUGUGCCAAGGUCUUCGGAAGUGACAGUGCUUUACAAAUUCACCUCCGCUCGCAUACAGGCGAAAGACCUUUUAAAUGUAACAUAUGCGGAAACCGCUUUUCCACAAAGGGCAACCUGAAAGUUCAUUUUCAGAGGCAUAAAGAGAAAUACCCUCAUAUUCAGAUGAACCCUUAUCCUGUUCCAGAAUACCUCGAUAACGUGCCCACCUGCUCUGGAAUCCCGUACGGGAUGUCACUGCCCCCUGAAAAGCCGGUCACAACGUGGUUAGACAGCAAACCUGUUCUACCAACCGUCCCGACUUCCAUUGGGCUCCAGCUGCCUCCCACCAUACCUGGUGUGAACAGUUAUGGAGAUUCUCCAAGUAUCACUCCUAUGAGCAGGUCACCCCAGAGGCCUUCUCCUGCCUCCAGUGAAUGCACUUCUCUAUCCCCGAGCCUCAACACUUCUGAGUCGGGCGUUCCAGUGUCUGCCGAAUCCCCGCAGCCCGUUCAGAGUGGCUCAUCCCUGAACAAGGCAGAACCUGUCACUCUGCCUCCCACGAGCACACGGCUUGGGGACCUCUCUGCAGGUGGGCAAGUUUCCACAGCUUCCACAUCUUCAAUUCCUACUGCUGUCACAGACAGCAGCAUUGCAACAAGCCUCCCAAAACCUGUGCUUCCAGCAGUGUCUGACCAGUUUAAGGCAAAGUUUCCAUUCGGUGGUCUGCUAGACUCUAUGCAAACGUCAGAAACCUCAAAACUGCAACAGCUAGUGGAGAACAUUGAUAAGAAGAUGACAGAUCCAAAUCAAUGCGUCAUUUGUCACCGUGUGCUUAGUUGUCAGAGCGCUCUCAAGAUGCAUUACAGAACGCAUACAGGAGAAAGACCAUUUAAAUGCAAAAUUUGUGGACGUGCCUUCACUACGAAAGGCAAUCUGAAAACACAUUUUGGAGUUCAUCGAGCGAAGCCACCACUUAGAGUACAGCACUCGUGUCCCAUUUGUCAGAAGAAAUUUACAAAUGCGGUUGUUCUUCAGCAGCACAUUCGUAUGCAUAUGGGCGGGCAAAUUCCAAACACGCCACUACCUGAGGGCUUCCAGGAUGCCAUGGACUCAGAGCUUUCCUACGACGAGAAGAACGUUGACACGCUGAGCAACUUUGACGAUGACAUUGAUGAAAAUUCUAUGGAAGAGGACCCGGAGCUAAAGGACACGGCAAGUGACUCAUCCAAACCCCUUAUCUCUUACUCCGGGUCAUGUCCUUCUUCGCCACCUUCUGUGAUCUCCAGUAUUGCUGCUCUGGAGAAUCAAAUGAAAAUGAUUGAUUCUGUCAUGAACUGUCAGCAGCUGACCAGUUUAAAAUCCAUAGAAAAUGGAUCAGGGGAAAGUGACCAUUUGAGCAAUGACUCCUCAUCAGCUGUUGGUGAUCUCGAAAGCCAGAGUGCAGGCAGCCCUGCGAUGUCAGAGUCUUCUUCCUCCAUGCAAGCUUUGUCUCCUGUAAAUAGCAAUAGCGAAAGUUUCCGAUCCAAGUCGCCAGGUCUCAGUAACCAGGAAGAGCCCCAAGAAAUACAAUUAAAGACAGAAAAACCAGACAGUCCACCACCUGCAGCUGAAAAUGGAGGCGCAUUAGAUCUGACAUCCACCAACCCAGGAAGACCGGUCAUCAAAGAGGAGGCUCCUUUUAGCCUGCUGUUCCUGAACAGAGAACGUGGUCCCAGCCAAAGUACUCCUAGCCUGGUCACCAGUACAGCGCCUACCAUGAUCAAAAUGGAAGUGAAUGGUCACAGCAAGCCGAUCUCUUUGGGUGAGGUUCCCUCGCUUCCAGCUGGAAUCCAGGUUCCUGCUGCACCACAGACAGUGAUGAGUCCGGGGAUCACCCCUAUGCUGGCACCCCCCCCUCGCCGGACUCCCAAGCAGCACAACUGUCAGUCGUGCGGGAAGACCUUCUCCUCAGCAAGUGCACUGCAGAUACACGAGCGCACCCAUACCGGUGAAAAACCGUUUGGUUGCACGAUCUGUGGUAGAGCUUUUACCACAAAGGGGAAUCUGAAGGUUCACAUGGGAACCCACAUGUGGAAUAACGCCCCGGCACGCCGCGGCCGCCGCCUCUCCGUGGAAAACCCCAUGGCUCUGCUGGGUGGCGACGCGCUCAAGUUCUCCGAGAUGUUCCAGAAGGAUUUGGCAGCUCGGGCCAUGAACGUUGACCCCAAUUUUUGGAACCAAUAUGCUGCAGCUAUCACUAACGGACUUGCUAUGAAGAACAAUGAGAUUUCUGUCAUACAGAACGGAGGCAUUCCCCAGCUCCCAGUAAGUCUAGGCGGAGGCGCCAUCCCGCCUCUCAGUAACCUUACCGGUGGCAUGGACAAAGCUCGCACGGGCAGCAGCCCUCCCAUUGUUGGUCUGGACAAAGCAAGUUCUGAAACGGGAGCCAGUCGGCCAUUCACCAGGUUUAUUGAGGAUAAUAAAGAGAUUGGCAUAAAUUAA